AUGCAAAAUUUCAGCUUGAUCAGACGAGGGACUGGCAAUGCGGUCCUUGAGCCCACGAAGAUACCAACACUCCGAGACGACUACGUGCUCGUGAAGACAGUAGCGGUAGCAUUGAACCCGACUGACUGGACCACGCUAGACGCGGUUGGGGAUGACGGAACGAUUGUCGGCUGCGAUUACGCUGGCAUAGUUGAAGACGUAGGUCGAGAUGCUGCCCAGCACUUUCGCAAGGGUGACCGCAUCGCUGGAUUCGGCCAUGGAGGCAACGACGCAAAUCCGGAGAACGGGGUAUUUGCACGCUACAUUGCCGUCAAAGCUGGUCUUCAGAUACAUAUCCCCGAUGAUGUCUCUUUCGAAGCCGCGUCCACAGUAGGCGUCGGCGUCGGAUCAGCCGGGUACGGCCUCUAUCACGUACUAAAUCUCCAGCUGCCUGAUGCAGAGUCUAAUUCACAUGGAGAGUCAAUACUCAUCUAUGGGGGAAGUACGGCCACUGGAGCAGUUGCGAUACAGUUUGCGAAGCUGCAAGUCCACCGGAAAAAGUACUAUUGGAUUCGUAUCUCUGCUAAAAUUCAUAGGUCCGGCUACAAUGUGGUCACAACAUGCUCUCCCCGCAAUUUCGACUACGUGAAGAAGCUGGGCGCUGACAUUGUCUUCGAUUAUGUAUGCAACUUUGUGUCUUCUCCAUUCUUGAUUGUCGAACGGGUGAUGAAUGGUCUAACAUUUACCAAGCGAGCACCUGAUGUGGGAAAAAGUAUUUUCGAAGCAACUAGGGGAUCCCUCACGAAAGUUUUCGACACCGUCAAUACCUCAGAUUCAGCAGAAAUCUGCGCAGCGGCAUUCGGGCCUGAUGGGGGGAAAUAUUGCAACCUGCUUGGCGUCGAAUGUCCUCGCUCUGAUGUUGAGUCCGUGUUCUUCCUCGGAUAUGACAUGUCGGGCGAAGCGUACAUAUUCGAAGGGGAUUCAUACCCAGCAAAGCCGGACGCCUUUGAGUUCGGUCGCACGUGGUACAGUAUAGCUGAAAAGCUUUGGGCGAGUGGUAAAUGGCAAAACCACCGCCAGAACGUGGGGGAAAAGGGGCUUCUGGGCGUGUUGGACGGUAUGCAACUGAUGCGUCAGGGGCUUGUCAGUGGGGAGAAACUUGUAUACCGUGUUGAGGAGACGGAAUGGCCAAACCCUGCCUAG